AGGUACAUGUGUCACGUGACUCGUCGUAACAACACCACACCCCCUGUCGUUGUGACAAGUGUUGAGUUGCUUCAUCCCUUAAUUAAUGGGGUAGCCCUCAAAAUCAUUGUAGUCGCCAUGUCCAUCGAGGAAGCAUUUGUUAAAAUCGAACCGAAGCAAGAAGAGGUAAAUUCGAGCUUUGAAAAAUGUGCGGAACUGACUUCGGUCGCGAUAAAAGAAGAAUCUAACGAAGUUCCUUUGAUCGAUGAAUUUUACAAGUUAGAGUAUGCGGAACAACAAGACGAUUGCGGUUUGAAAAUUAAAUCCCCAAGUGUAAAGGGUGACAUUGAAUCUGCAGAUUUAAAAUGUGACAAUUGUGAUUUUGCGACAACCACAAAAACGUAUCUAAAACAACAUGCAGUAAAACACAAACUUUCGAAAGACUUGAAGUGUGACCGGUGUGAUUAUGCUACUAAUGUGAAAUGCAACCUUGUGCGGCACCUCAGAACUCAUACGCAUCAAGCCAUUCAUCGCGUAAGAUACAAAGUUUCUAAAGGCUUUAGCUGUGACAAGUGCGAUUAUGAAACGAAGUGGAAGUGUAACCUUAUUAGACACGUCAAAACACACGAACCUGUUAAAGAUUUCAAAUGUGAUAUUUGUGGUUAUGUAACGGCUUUUAAGUACAAACUUAAGCGACACCGCGUAAUACAUAACUCCAAAGAUUUUAAAUGUGACCAUUGUCGCUAUGCUACCAAUAGUGAAUAUAAUCUUAAAAACCACGCUCUUUCGCAUACAAUAUCUAAAGAUCUUAUAUGUGAUCAUUGCGGUUACGCUACGAAUAGUAAAACGGUUUUUAAACGUCACAUCCAAACACACGACGUUUCCGAAGAUUUUAAAUGUAACAAUUGCGAUUUCGUCACAAAGCAGAAAAGUUAUUUGAAAAAGCAUCUCAUGGUACACAAGGCUUCGAAGGAUUUCAAAUGUGUUAGUUGUGGUUAUGAAACGCCGUUUAAGUACCUACUUAUGAGACACCUCGUAAUUCAUAACUCCAAUGAUUUUAAAUGUGACGAUUGUCCCUAUGCGACCAAUAGCGAAUCUAAGCUUAAAUAUCACGCCCUAUCGCAUAAGGUGUCUAAAGAUUUUGUAUGCGAGCAUUGCGGUUACGCUACAAAUGGUAAGACACUUUUUAGACGUCACCUCCAAACACACGAUCUUUCUGAAGAUUUUCAGUGCCCUCAUUGCGAUUUCAGUACGAAGCAGAAAAGUUACCUGAAAAGGCAUCUCACUGUACACAAGGCGAAAUCGAAAGAUUUCAAAUGUGAUAGUUGUGCCUAUGUAACACAUUUAAGGUACAAACUUAAGCGACACCGUUUAAUACACAACUCCAAUGAUUUUAAAUGUGACAGUUGUCCGUACGCAACCAAUAGCGAAUCUAAGAUGAAAUACCACGCCCUCCUAUCGCAUAAGGUCUCCAAAGAUUUUGUAUGUGAGCAUUGCGGUUACGCUACAAAUGGCAAAACGCUUUUUACGCGUCACCUCCAAACACACAAUGUUUCUAAAAAUCUCAAAUGCUCCAAAUGCGAUUUCACUACAAAUCUGAAAAGCUAUCUGAAAAGGCAUCUCGUGGUACACAAAGCUUCUAAAGAUUUCAAAUGUGACAAGUGCGAUUUUGCGACGAACGUUAAGUACGAUCUCGCCCAACACCUUUUAAUGCACGACAUUCCGAAGAAUUUUAAAUGUGAUAGCUGCGAUUAUGCAACGACAUCUAAAUCACUUGCGAUGAAACAUCUCUUAACGCACAAAGCUUCUAAAGAUUUUAAAUGUGAUAGCUGCGAAUAUGCAACGAAUAUUAAAUACCGUUUCAUACAGCAUAUGUUGUCUCAUGUGAUAAAACGUGAGGAUUGUGAAACAAGUCUCAAGUCUGACUGUAAACAGGAGUUCGCUAGCAACGCGGCCAUAGUGUUUAAAUGUGACAUUUGCGACUACACAACACAUUUGAAACGAUAUUUGGCACAGCAUCGUUUAAUACACAAAAAUUCUGUCGACUUCAAAUGUGACCUGUGUGAUUACGCGACGAAUGCCAAACACAAGCUUAGGAAACAUGCAAAAGUACACAAUGAUUGUAAAGAAUUUAAAUGUGAGAAUUGUGAUUAUGUAACAAACUAUAAGACGUGCCUUAAACAACACAUGGGAAGUCAUCACACCGAUACUGCAAACUCUUAAGAAACCGGUUCGGGCAAAUAUAAAAUUUGUAUAGAUAAUUAGGUAAACUGAGAAAAAAAUUGCCUUUUUUUAGCUAUAGAUAAGAUUAAUUUUUAUGCAAAUUGGUAAGUAGCAACUUUGAAAAGAUUAGUUGUUACGAAAGUGUUGCUUGUAAUUUAAAUGAGUGAUUUGUAAGCUCUUAUUCAGCAUCUUCAAUAGGCAACUACUUAACGUUUGUCAAGUUUUUGUUUAACUUCGUAUGGAUACAAUUGUUUUUGUUAUUUACUAGAAUGCAU